AUGAAUAAGAACAUCAAGAAGUAUUUUGGAGGGGCUGCCCACCUUUUGCAAGACAAAUCUUACACAUAUGUAAUUAUAAAGAUUGAAAAAAUAAAAUGUACCACAGCAUCUAAACCAGGACAGGAUCCUUGCUGGGAACAAGAUUACAUACUUGACAUUGAUGAUCUCCAGAGAGGUUUCCUUGUGGAGGUGUGGAAGUCAGGCUGGCUUCGAGACUCUGUUAUAGGCAGUGUUUGGAUUCCUCUCAAGACUGUAAGACAUGCCAUUGAUGAGGGAUCUGGCGAAUGGUGGACAUUGUAUUCUGAAAUUAUUCCAAAUGAAAAUGAAACAUUUCGUGUCCAAUCUCCAACGAUGCAUGAACUUUUGUUGGAAGUAUUUUUUGCUGUGCCAUUUGCAGAUGAUGUAACUGAUAAUCAAGACUUAUAUCCCAGAAACGAAUCCCUUUGGACGAAUUCUAACAAUGCAGAAGUUUCCACUUCAUCUCAAAAUAUUCUCAGUACUAUUAAAAAAGAGACAAGGUAUAUUUUCUCAACUCCUCGUGAAUGGAAUGAAGAUGUGAUCUUUGCAAGCAAUGUUGCCAAAGAAAGAUGGAGCAGAGCUAUUCAAAAGGUUUUGUUUAAACUUUAUGCUGGUAUUAUAAGCUUGGAUUUGGAUCUUUCUAUAAAAGGAAUAGCACCAUGA